AUGGCAGCGACUAGAAGACUUCAAAAGGAACUCAAUGACAUCAGGCAGUCCGGUCUGAAAUCGUUCAGAGAUAUUCAAGUGGAUGAAUCUAAUAUACUUACCUGGCAGGGAUUGAUUGUGCCUGAUAACCCUCCAUACAACAAAGGUGCAUUUCGCAUAGAGAUUAAUUUUCCAGCUGAAUAUCCCUUUAAGCCUCCCAAAAUAAGUUUUAAGACAAAAAUUUACCACCCAAACAUAGAUGAAAAAGGACAAGUGUGCUUACCCAUCAUUAGUGCUGAAAAUUGGAAACCUGCAACUAAGACUGAUCAAGUUAUACAAGCAUUAGUUGCUCUUGUCAAUGAUCCAGAACCUGAACACCCAUUACGUGCUGAACUUGCUGAGGAAUAUCUAAGAGACAGAAAAAGAUUUACGAAAAAUGCUGAGGAGUUUACCAAAAAGCAUAGUGAAAAGAGACCUUCUGACUAA